UGUGCUGAAUGAUAAAGCUAAACUGGCUGUGAUGUACUUUAUGAAAUGCUCAAGUGGCACUUGUCACCGCCAGUAUCCGUGAAAUGCACGAAUUAAAUCUGCGUACAACUGUUAGAAAAAAAAACAACUACCAUUGAGACAAUUCUAUUUUUAUUUUAUUUGGCAAUAGUCGUAAAAAUAAACUAUUGGAUUUGACCCUUGUGUUUUCAAGGUGUGGUCAGUUUUUGUUGGAUUUACUCGGGAUCAAUAGUUCAGAGAAAUUCAAAAAUUACCAAUUCUAGGGGAAAAUGAAAACAAUUGAACGACUUUUCUGAAACUUAUUGUUUACAUACAUGAAUAUAGGGCUAGGAACAUCAUACAACUUUCUACAUGCUGUAAUAUUUUCUAUUUAAUAGUUUAUUUAAUGCUAAAUGAAAAACAGAUUUAGUCUGGUAUAUUUAAUACAAACAAUAAGCUAGCAUGCAUUCUGCAUUUAGUUUUGUUUGUUUUCUUUUUAUUUUCAGACUAAGUAGGUUACUGCUGUUUUAUUUUGAUUGCGAUGGCUUAGAUAUGAAGUGGAUACAGUUAUGUUUUUGAGAUGAAGUGGUAAAGUGUUUCCCUGUUUGUAGAAACAUUUAUAAUUUAACAAAACGAUUUCUUCGUUUUGAACAUGAGUGUAGUGUCGUGGUGGUCGCUUCAGUACAGCAACACAGGCUUUGUUUUUUAAAAAGUGAUGCUUCUAUAUACGAUUCAACAAAAACACACAGACAAAAUAAAAAAAAAAAAGAAUAUUCUCUGUGAGUCCUUAAAUGACUUCAACCAAAAACAGGGAUCUUAAUCUUCACUUUCAUGUAGCUAACACAGUUGUGGGACGUUAAAAAUGGGUUUAUUGUCUAGACGGUUUUUACUCUUUGCUCUGAUAUCGACAUCGAUGGUGUGCAAGCUACUAGCAGAUGAAGAGUGCAUGGACCAGGAUAUACUCUGCACUGAACUGGUUGGAAGAAUGAAAGACCUGUGCAUUGACCCUUCAACCGCAUUCUACACGAAAAUAGCGUGUAAAAAGACCUGCGGCUUCUGCAAACCAGCCAUUCCGUCCAAAAAAUUUGACCACGGGACCAACCUGAUCUGGGCGCAGACCCCAUUUGCCAAACUGAGCUCCGUGUCAAGGUUAGUGUCCAUCCAAGGUGACCCGAACAACUGGAUCGUCAACAAGAAGCCUGUGGUCACAUAUAUCAGUGCGCCACAAAUGACCUGGGAGUUCAAGGCACUAGGAUUUCUCUGGACUGACCACUUGGUUUAUUGGAGUGAGAGCACGCACAAAAAGAUUCAGAGCUUGGUGCUGAACGGUACAACAGACAGCGAGACGCUAUUCGCUGGUACGUCCUCGGAGGUCCACGGUCUGGCCGUGGACUGGCUGUCACGGAAUCUUUACUUUACCGACGCUUUGUACGACUGGAUUAUACUGAUCACAAUCGACCCAGGCAAGCAUUUUUACAAGAUUAUUGUGAAUGAUCAGCUGGACUCUCCACAUGGCCUAGCUGUAGACCCGAUACACGGAUACCUCUUCUGGUCCGACUGGGGAGAGAAGCCACAGAUAGAAAAAUCCAACCUGAUUGGGGAGCGCAGGGUCACUCUAGUGGAUCGAAACAUUGUCCAGCCACGGGGGCUGACAGUGGACUACGCCACGGGCACCCUCUACUGGGUGGACUCAGCGAAGGGCUUUGUGGAAUCUAUAUCUAUUGAGGGAACUGAAAGGGAAAUUUUUUACACAGACGAAGGUUCUUUCUUUUACUCUGUGGCGGUGUAUGGAAGUUAUCUGUUCGUGACGGAAAAGAAACGCGGCGCCCUGAAAGUCUUCAACAGACAGAAAAGUCUGGUCUCUUUCACUCUGGGCAACCAGCCCUUCGAUAUCAUCAUGUACGACAAGAGUCAGCAGCCAGGCAACUCCAGUGAAUGUUUCAACAUGGGAUGUGAUCAGAUCUGUGUUCAAGACCCAGCCACGGGACCAGUCUGUCUGUGUGGUGAUGGCUACGUGCUAGAUGUAGCCACUAAUAAAACGUGUAAAGCCUCGAAAAAGUUUAUUCACCCAUCUCAUGUAUACGCCAUUCAAGAUGCCAUCUGUCAGUAUCCUGCCAACCUGGCUGACAUGUCACUUGUCAACGUGUCAUUAGAUUCUCAGUGUUUUCUGGAAGACAAGCAGGGCUACACGACCUUGACCUUUGAUGCCCGCGAGAACAUGCUGUACUAUUUUGUCAACAACACCAAGAUCAUUAGCAGAAUUCCUCUAGAGAUGGGAGGCAGGGCCAAGGUAGUGACUGGAGGAUCCGGAGAGGUCAAAGGGAUGGCGUUGGAUUGGGUGGCCGGCAACCUGUACUGGACGGACAGUACGUAUGGCGUAAUUAAAGUUGCCAAAAAGACCGGGCCCUUCCAGAAGAUUCUUUUAAGUGAACUGAACAACCCAGUAGCUAUAGCUGUCCACCCUGGCAGAGGUGAAAUUUAUUGGACUGACCAUGGACAUCUGCCUGACGUUGGGGGCAAGGUGGAGAAAGCCUACAUGGACGGCACAGGGCGAAAGAUCAUCUUGGGCUCUAACAUCGGCCAGCCGAACCAUAUGUUUGUGGAUUACGAUAAAAACCUUUUGUACUGGGCAGACUCUAUCCUGUACCACGUCAAACAGUAUGACCUUGUCACAGGACAGGUGGAGAUUUUCUUUGAACAGGCCAACGUCAAAUUUUACGGACUCUCAUUGUUUAGGGACUAUAUCUUGUGGACGGACACUGAGGAUUUGAAUGGCAUCCAUGUGGCCAGGCUGGACAAAAAGGAAAAAGUUCGAGGGAUCAUACAUCCUAAAAACGGAGUUGCCUCUGACCUUGUAACCUUUGACAUUCAGAACCAACCAGAUAUAAACAACUCUUGUAACGAAGGAAGAAAUCGAUGCGACCAACUUUGUUUAGUGUCCUCUGGCAAUUUUUCUGUCUGCGCCUGUGGCUCUGGCUUUGAAUUGUCAUUUGAUGGCAUGACCUGCAAGAGAGCAUUGUCCAGCCUGGACAACUUUCUUCUGGUCAACGACGCCUAUCAGAAAAUGAUUUACCAAGUGGACCUCAAGUCGGCUGUGGUGGGGGCCAUCAAAAUCUUUCCGAUUUACGAACCGGUGGCUCUGACAUAUGAUCCUGUAGACUUUAAGGUGUUCUGGUCAGACAACAAGCAACACAUCAUCAAGCAGGUCAACAUUGACGGACAGUACGAGAGAACUCUCCUCUUCUUCAACAACGACUCGAACUGCGAUGGUCUGGCUGCGGAUUACGUUAACAAGCUGCUCUUCUACACAGACACAGGAAAUAACGUCAUUGGUGUCGCCAGCAUGCUGAACUACGACUACAACAUCGUACUGAUCUCGGAGAAUUUAGACGAACCACGUGACAUUGUAAUAUCCCCAAACCAAGGCUUGAUUUAUUGGUCAGACUGGGGCAACAAACCUGCUAUUGAAAAGGCCAACAUGGACGGCACAGAUCGGGAGACCAUACUUUCUCUUCAAGCCAACUCAUGGCCAAACGGGCUAGCGCUGGAUGUAAAAGCUAACAAGCUGUACUGGGUUGACGCUAACGCAGACACCAUCAGCGUCAUUGACCUGCUGAACAAAUCCUCCACCGUGCUGCUCCAUGAGCCAGGCGCGCACUACUUCUCCUUGGACAUCAGUGGGGACUAUUUGUUUGUGACGGAUUGGAAAAAGAACUUUUUGAGGCGGAUGAACAAAUUAGGCGGCCCUCUUUAUCAGUUUGGAGACUCGAUAUUUACUCGACUCUACGGUAUCAAGGUGUUCAACUCAACUGAAGCUUUUAGAGGCAUCAGCAUCUGUGUAGCCAGUGCGUGUGAACACCUUUGUCUACCGAGUGCCAACAAUUUUUUCACCUGCCGAUGUGCUAAAGGCUUUAGGGAGUCUGGGCCUGCCUGCAUAAGAGACGGUGAAACGCUUGUCGUAGAAUCUACCCCAUCUGCCACAGCGACGUCAGCAGCUUUCGUCACUACAAUACCACCCGACCAAACGAUAUCCACAACCAACCAGGCUCAGUCCACGGCGCUACCAACGGAUUUUAUUGACAUGUUUUCCACAUCUAUGAGUCUGAUGACCAAUGACUUCAGCACAGAUGUCAUGGAAGUGGACACUACCUUUGAACCUAUUGACACCACUGAGAUCUCUACCGUUGAUAGUACAUCUACUUCUUACCAAGACCUCAGCACUGCAGUGGCCAAAUCUAUUGAGAGAGAGCAAAGAAUGUCUCCCUUGUUCAUUGGUGUCAUCAUUGGCGCCGUGAUCUUGUUGGUAGCGGUAGUCGUUGUGAUAGUAGCUGUUGUCACUUGGAGACGCUACAAGUACAAGCCACGUCACAACAGGCUGAUUGAGGACAACCCCUCCGACUUCUACACCAUAGCCUUCGCAGCGCCCGGGGACGAGGCGGUCAAGUUUGACGACGCCAUGGGCAUUGAGAACCCCAUCUACGAUUGCCUCAACGACCCCACCAUCGUCAUCAAUACGGGCGGUGACGUCCUUUCUUAACACCCAGUCGGAGGUCACAGCUGGAAAUAGAAAAGAAAAGAAACAAUAACAAGCAUUUUCUAUGUACUUUUUAAUCCAUGACGUCAUUGUCACGUGACGAGAACUCGGCCGCUUCAGUUAUCUCGUUUGACGGGAGCAUGGUAGAGAAGAUGUGACGUCACGUAUUUCUACUUUCUGUAACUAACGUAAGCUAGACUUGUGUAGCCAUUCCUUUUUUUUUUUUUAGAUAUAAAUGGAGGUGACUUGAUCAGAUAAGUGAGCUGCUGACAUAGAAAAAGAGUGGAUACUGGAAGGGGUGGGGGGGUCUACCACUAGGUGUUCCAAUUUAAUGAACUUAGACUAAUGUAUAUACCUAUUGUCACCAUGAAAGGAUGUGCACUGCGACAAGCAUCGUUCUACUAAAAGUUGAACUUAUCUCGUGUAAGAAGCACACACAUACACAGAUACACACCCACAUGUACACACGCAUAAACACACUUAAAAACAUGCACAAACACUAACGACUACAAACCUAUUACACAUCUGUAAAGACUUGACAGUUCUGUAGAUGUCUCUUUCACGUUACGCACCAAAGUUAAAUGCACAAUUACAAAGGGCAUUAGUGCCAUAUUUAGACUUUAAAGACCCUAAGCUUUAUGAGCUAUAUCCAGAGAUUAAAUGCUAGAGCUAAAAGUCUGAUUGAGGCCCUAAGCUAUAGCUUAGCUACACUAUGGGUAAAUCUGGCCCAGGUAGCAGUGCAGUUGGUAUUUACAUACUAUAAUUCAUUUUGUGGCAGAUUGAGAAUUAAGCAGCAGCAAUAAUAAAGCAAAAAUACAAAAAUACGUUUUAAAAAAUAUGCAUAUCUUAGGGGAAGAUCUCCACAUGUAUAACUAUAGAAUUUAUUUCCCCCUUUACAAUAUCAAACGAAAAAAAUAAAUUACCAAUAAUUAAUUGAAUAAUCAGUUAAUUUUUUAAUAUCGAUUUAAACUUUGAUAGGUAAAAUAAAUGUGAACUUGACCCCUGAAUGGGAUGUGGGAGAACUAACGUGUACACAAUGUGUACCAUGCAGACAGAGCGAGCAAAACAAAAACAUCAUCCCCCAGCUCAAUAGGCUCACCCCUUCGAGCCACAACCGAUCAUUCUCCCUCAUUCAGACCAAAAAGAAAACACCUUUUAAAAAUAUAUAAAGUUAUUUCAGAGCAAUUUUAUACUCGAGCAGAGGAUAUCCUCGUAUAGUAAAAAGUUUGUACACUUUAUUUCUCGAAUACCCAAUCUCGCAUCAAGCUGAAAUUUUGCACUAUUAUUUCUUUUACCAACACAAGAAUCAAUUUAAGAAAAAACAAAUUAGCUAAUUAACUUUUGGCAAUCAAUCAUGUUGUUGGAUAUCGAAAAGGGGAAAGAAAUUGUACUUGAUUUUUUAAAGUAUGUAAAAAGAAAUAGGUGGCCACUUUGAAAGAAAGAAAUAGGCGGCCACUUUAAAGUUUGAAACUAACACUAUGUAAUUAUAAAAACUUUUUCAUAGAAGAGUGGUUAGCUUGUUGGAUUGAGGAGCCAUAGAUAGGCAUGAGCCAACGAGCUUGAAUUCAAGUCGUUACAACAAUUUUUGUAUUAAAGUAUUUCAAUGGGAUCACACAUAGUCUAUUGACUCUUUCCCUCCCCCCCCCCCCAUCCUUUUCCAACUGGUCCAGACAAGUGAUAGGAUCCCAGCGUAUUGAGAAAGCAAAAGUCACCAGAUAGCGCUAAAAACAUAUUGAUAAACAUAUUUCUAAGCGCACAGAUUCAUUACUGUUAGUCUAGAUGUAUAACACAUUUACUUACAUGACUGAUCCAAACGUUUGAUACAACGACGCUAAAUACAUUUUUGUUGUUGUUUUUUUACAGUAUUUUUGAUAGUUUUCUUGUUUUUAGAUUUAAUGUUCAUGGAUUCAUUAUUUCUUUUUUUGUUCUCAUAAUGCUAUACAUAUUGUAAGACAUUUAUUACAGAUUGUAUCCAACCAUUCUACAUUACAAUUGAAGAUCGUCCAUUGUGUCUGGCUAUUUCAUGUUAGCUUCUUGAACUUCAGCAAUAACAUUUUAUUUUCAAUAUAGUUUUUAAAUUCAUGCCCUUUACAUUUCAGUAAGUUUCUGUCUUCUAAGCAACAUUUUUUAUUUGAAGUUUGAAUCUCACAAAUAUUUAAAAUUAUUUCUAAAUUUAAUUAGAGACUCUUUGAAAUGAGAUGUUCUGACAAUUAAGCCAGUCUUCUACUUUUUAAAAAAAUCUUCACUUCUUGUUAGAAGUGAUAUUAACAAUCAAUUUCUUCUUCUUUUUUUUUGUGUGAUUCAAUUAUUGUAAAUGACCAUUUAUAAAAUAUGAAUUAGUUUAACUACAUUCAUUGUCUUUAAAAGGUAUAAGACAAUGGCACAUCACUCCUACAUAAACAGGCAACAAUCAUAAAAUUACUUUGACUUUUUAACUACCUCAAUAGUGGAAGUAAAUGUUUGCUUUGAGCUAUGUGAUUCACUAUAGUAGGCUAUCCAAUAUAUAUAUAUACAAUGCUGCCUAGUAGGCUCUCGAAUUAAACCAUGUUCGCCGUAAUCCACAGACUUUUAUCACAGAAAGCUUAGGCUAGAAAUUAAUUCAAUCAAAUCUUAUUUGUAAAAGGGCGUCCAAACGUAGUCGAAAUCAGUUGUCAUGGUUACAAAGUAAACUUAACAAAUGGGGGUCAAAUCAUACCUUCAUUUCCUGACUUCUGAAGUGGAUGCAACUUGACUACAGGAUUGUAUGCUCCAUAACACUUUGCUACUUCGAUCCUAGCCUCAUACUGAAAACAAGUAAAGAUUGUGCUGAUGCCUUCAUACACAUGUCCACUUUGUCUUUUCCUUGCUAGAGUUAAUCAGGUCUCGUUAGAUUGAUUAUUAUUUGACUUGCCUUAUUCAUUUCAAUUUCUUUAUCACCAUUUAUUACAACGAAGCCCUAUAUUGUAACUUUCAUUAAACUUUAAUCAUUAAUAUUUUAUCCUUUCUUUUGAUGGCAUUAUAUUAUUAACUUGUUACAUUAUUGUUACAUUGUGUUAUUUUUUUAUUUAAUAAAAGUGCCUACAUUGGUA